UCGACAUCGUCAUCGCCAUCGUCAUCGUCAUCAUCGUCGUCAUCAUCGUCAUCAAUAUCAUCAUCUUUAUCGUCAUCGCCAUCGCCAUUGCCAUCACCAUCGCCAUCGCUAUCGUCAUCGUCAUCUUCAUUGUCUUCGUCAUCGUCAUCGUCAUCGACAUCUUCAUCGUCAUCGUCAUCGUCGUCAUCAUCAUCAUCAUCGUCAUCGCCAUCGCCAUCGCCAUCGCUAUCUCCAUCGCCAUCGCCAUCGUCAUCGCUAUCGUCAUUGUCAUUGUCAUCGUCAUC